AUGGAUCAAGAUUAUGAGGCAGCAUUGCAGCUGUCCCAUCAGCUGAAUGCUAACAUGGGUCAGAAUGUAGUAGCCCCCUCUACAACAAGAGAAACCCGUGCUUCUAAGAAGGCGCGCAUCAGUGAUUCACCAGCGGCCCUCUCCCCUGAGCUGAUGUCAUUGACUGAGACAACAGUCUCUGAUGCCCUAUCCUCAUUACUUCUCUCUCCAUCACCGACUGGUUCCUCCCCAGAAGCUCCCUCUUCACAGGAGGAUUUGAUGCACAGUCAGUCACCAACCGGGACUGCAAGCUCCUCGUUCUCUACCCCAACCUCUUCUUAUGACAAUACCAACACAUCCAUGGUUGUUACAGAGGAAGACUGGUUCCUUGUCCAGAAACAAGGUGGUCAGAAUUCUGAUGGUACCUGGGACCGCGAAUCACUUGUUACAACAAAUAUGAACACUAGCCCAAAAAAGGCGGUGCGAGUAACCCGCUCAGCUUCAAGAGAGCUUCAGAGAACUUCAGUCGCACAUCAGAUCAACAUCAGUGAUGAUGGAAUUCCUGGUUCAGAGCAGGAGCAGCCACAGAAACUGCGAGUGAGAAAGAGAGAGACCGACGAUGAUGAUGACUUCCUCUUUGAUGAUAAACAGUCGAGCCCGGAUCUUAUGGAAGGUGUUCAAGGCACAUCUGAUCAUAAGCCAACCCAGAAGCGAAAGGCUAUGGCAAAAAUGACUUCGAAGAUUGCAAAGAAAUCUAAAGCCCCGCUUUACCAUGAGAAUGUCCAGGAUGGCAAGCCAGAGCCUAUUGGCCAGCCUAUAGUUUGGGCUUUCAAACGUCAGCAAUUGUGUGAAACGCUCCCUUACUACAAUGCCUACCAAUCUGGAGCAUACACGCAUGACAAUAUUGCCCGUUCAAUCUUGAUUGACAAGGAAGUCAGCGUCCGCGACAAAUUUGACGAGGAAAUCGUAAUCACUAGCGUUGGCGGUGGAAGAUUGCUGGAUGAGAAGACUGGUAGAAUGGUCUAUAAGAAGGAUCAGAUAUUCAGCUCAAUUGCGAAUGCCUUCCUGAGAGCCAUGGAACUCAAGUCACCUGUGGCCAUUAUUGCAGGCCAAGGAAACAAAAUCAGUCCAUCAAAGCUUCCGCACUAUUACAACGUUCUGGACUGGUUUCACGUUACAGAUGUCUGGCAGGAAAAGGUUCUUGGCCAUAACGAUGUCCGAGUCAUAAUCUGGAAGGUCCGUAUGGAAAAGAUCAACCUUUCUAAUAGAUCUUGGUGGGCGGCUCAGAACUCAAGCCCUCAAAACCUUGAAGAGCGUAUGACAACCGACAAGCAUCUCUGUGGAGAGUGCAAUGUGGAGAGCAAGGUAAUGUACAAUGUUGGCCCAGCAUGUUUGAACGUAUCAUGCGGUCAAUUCUUCAACUUCGGGGUUGAAUAUGAUGACAACACCCUCGACUACCAUCCGGCAUUCCUCAAGGAGAGAACCAUAUUCCUUGGCAAUGAUCCCGGUCCGCUGGCCCCGCCUCCUCUGACAGAUGAUGAGUUGAACCGUAUUGGCGCUUUGGGAUAUGAAAAGCUGUGCAAGCGUGGCAUGGUGUGCCAAACGUGUGGGUGCUGCAUCAGACGUAUCCAGUGGGGACAGUGGUCAUGUGAGAAUACCGACUGCGACUACACAUAUCGUGUUCAGCAGCUACCGGUUCCCAUCAGCACAGUAAUUGCCAAUGACAUGGACCAUGAUGAUCAACCCGAAGAUGAAAAUCGGAAGGUUCAUGGAGGUAUCAUAUGCCACCAGUCAAUUGUGGGCUCCUAUGAUCUCCAGACCUUUGACUUGCCCAACGAGAAUGGAGGGAUUGCGGGUUCCAUCCGUCAUUUCAAGGCAAACGGUCUCAUCAAUCAACAGAGAGAUGGUCCAAACGAUCUCUUCCAGGAAAUCCAGGGGAGCGACUUGGAUUUGAGACGCGGAGCAGCAGUGCAUAAAGGCACAACUCAAGAGGUAUUGACUAACCAUUUCACACAAAACCUCGGUGCUGCAUACAAAUAUCUCGUCGCCCAAGAUUCAAAGGGUUUCAACGAGGCACCUCCCGUCGUGAUCAAAGCAGCCAAGCGCAUGAUAUGGGCUGGCCAGCACGCCGUCAAUGACAAGAAUACGGUGCAUCACACUGAGGGUUUCCAAAACUUCAACGAGUGUUUAGUCAUCGGAUACUUUGAUGGCAGUAAGAUAGGCUAUCACGACGAUGGCGAAAAGACUCUAGGACCAACCGUCGCCACCCUCUCCCUCGGCGCAAAUGCAGUCAUGAAAUUCCGCCCCAAGCACAAAACUCACAUACCCGCGUUUGAGGAAGACCCAAAGACCAAAGACAAGAAGGAGAAGCCUGCUGUCCUGACCAUCACUCUCAAGCACGGCGACAUCGUCGUCAUGCACGGUCGCUCUAUCCAGAAGCUCUAUGAGCACGAAGUAACCCCCUACGGCGGUCUUCGCUUCGCCCUCACCUGCCGAUACAUUGUCCCUGACACCCUAUCACCCAUCGAACGUCUCGUCGCCGCCGACAAAGGUGCUUUCCCUCCCGGCUCGGAGCGCUUUAAUUAUAAUGGCAGUCUUCACGCUAUCCCCUUAUCCUCUAUCCCUGGACAAAACAGUCUCCAAGAUACCCUCAACGAAAUCAAAGCCAAGCAUCAGGUCGGUGAGCUAGACACGCCACAGCUAGAGAUGCUGCUUCGGGACCUUGGGGAGUAUUAUGUUUCGAUUGCGGGAUCUGCAUAG